AUGGUUGAUGGGGAAGGGAUCCUGUACGUGGAAGCCGUGGCAGUUUGUGCUAUUUGCUUGUACAACUUUCGCUUCAUCCACAGUAUUCGCUUGUACAACAACAUCUUAUCCUGGCAAUUUACCAUCUUGGCUCUGCACGUGGCCCCGGUAUUUUCCAUGAGAUGUCUGGGACUCAGCCACGCCGUGGAGUACAGAUGCGCCGUGUUCUGGGCUCUGCUCUCUUGGGGAUGUCGGGCAUUCCUUCCGUCAAUCUUCAGCCUGGCCAUGUUGCUGGUUGAAGCAGCCGCUUAUGCAAGUGAUUUGGACUCGGUGCUACUCGAAGCGCUUUUCCUCCUUCAGCUUGUCAUUGCCUUCGGAGCCUGGUCGGGGAUGCUGCUUGCAAGUUGCUUCAGCAGCUUCACGUUCGUGCCUUUCGACCGGCACCUGAACAAGGGCCUCCGGCACUUUCGUGCUUCCUCAGCCGCACGACGGUGUUUCCUGCAUGAGUUCUUGAGCCAUUUUGUUGUGCAGAUGAUCUUUGCGGACAUCAUUCGGCGCAGACUCGGGUAUGUUCCGAGCUUGUGGAGCGCGGUGCGCGGUGCAAUGCCAAUCCAGGCUAUUUAUGCGGCGCUCGUCCUGACCACAGCAAUUCUCAUCCCGCCGCAUGGACUUCCUUACAACCUUGGUCAGAUCCCGAAGUUCCUUCGGUUCCCCGCGACUCCGUGGCUGCCUCGACUGCUCGUGGGUGAGGGCGCUGUGACUCGUGUGAAUACCAGGUUUCUGCCGUGGUGGGCACGAGUGGCAGCUGACCAGGACCACGUCGCCGAACCCUCCAAGAAGAGAUGA